AUGCCGUUCAGGUUGUCGCGCUCGACGCGUUUAAUCGUGGUCAUCAGCAUAUCGACGCUGUUUUUUCUAGGGGAGAUUUCUGUCGGAUUCUACACGCACUCGCUUGCGCUUAUCGCAGAUGCAUUCCACUAUUUAAAUGACCUGGUUGGCUUCGUGAUUGCGUUAGCAGCGCUGAAGGUCUCAGAAAAGAAUGAAUCCCCGAAAGAUCUUUCCUUUGGAUGGCAGCGCGCCCAGCUUCUAGGUGCAUUUUUUAACGGAGUCCUCCUUCUUGGAUUGGGAAUUAGUAUUUUCCUUCAGUCAGUCGAGCGAUUUAUCGCCCUGCAUCGCAUCGAGCAACCCAAGAUUGUUUUUAUUGUUGGGUGUAUCGGACUUGGAUUGAACAUUAUAAGCGCCUUAUUCCUUCAUGAACACGGACAUGACUUGGGUCCACCUUCUAUAGAAGCUGGGUUAUCGCCAACGAGCGAUAGCAGCAGUGAUUCGAUUUCAAAGAGCCAGCAUCAUGACCACAAGCAUUUUACCCACGAAAAGCCUGGCGCUGUGUCGGGCCAUGGUUAUGACCACGCUCAUGGACAUAUCCAUGGACACAGCCAUGGACACAACCAUGGACACGGUGGACACGACCAUGGCGAUCUCGGAAUGAUGGGUGUUUUGCUGCACGUUAUCUGCGAUGCAGCAAAUAACCUCGGUGUCAUGGCUGCUGCCUUGGUUAUCUGGCUCGCCAAGUAUGAUGGACGGUACUAUGCCGAUCCGGGAGUCAGUGUGGGAAUUGCACUGAUGAUUAUUGCUUCGUCGAUCCCAUUGAUCCGACGAAGCGGCCAUAUUCUGCUCGAGAGCGCACCAAUGGGACUCGAUCCGGGAGACGUACAACAUGACCUUGAAAAGGUCCCUGGUGUCCAAUCCAUCCACGAACUGCACAUCUGGCGCCUCAACCAGCAAAAAACCCUCGCCUCAGUGCACGUCGUCGUCUCUGAUCCCUCGGUAAGCGGAUUUUUGAAAACAGCCCGAACAAUCAACGAAUGCUUCCACGCGUACGGGAUUCAUUCCGCGACCCUGCAGCCGGAGGUACUAGUGGAAGGCGACGCAUAUGCAGCUGGGGAAAAGAGUUUGCGGUGCCAAGUUGUUUGUGGUACAAUGUGCGAGGCCCUGACCUGUUGUGGAUGA